UUUUCAAUACCCCAAAAUUAGCAAAAACAAAAACAUUCACUCUCUGUUAAACUCUUUGUCCUCCAUCCAUUUCCUUCUCUCUUUUCACUUCUCUCACUCGUUUUUUUUGUUCUUUAUUCUCUUGCUGCCUGCGCCUUCCUUCUCCCCCGAUUUGUUUCUUCCGACGACUCUGAGAGAGAGAGUUCUCUCCUCUUCUCUCUGAUCCUUUCUGUUUUCUCCAUCCGCGUGACUUUACGUUUAAGAACAUAUCAAGAAAGUGAAAGAAGAAGAAAAAAAAUGCAGGAAGAGACAGAUCCUUAUGGUGAGAUUGAGAUAAGCUUUGGUUAUCAGUGCAAUAACAAUAAGGUAGCGAUUCCUGAAGAUAGUGUUCCUGAUGGCCGUGAGGUUCUUGCUGGGUUUAGGCUUCAAAAGACUAGCAGUUUCUCUUGUUUAUCAGGAGCUGCUUUAAGCGGCAACCCGACCUUAGCCAAUACGAAUAUCUGCAAUGGAGUGAUUGGUUCUGAGAUCUUGCCUUCUCUGGAUUCUCCUAAAUCUUUCAGGAAAGUUCCAUCUUCGCCUGCGCUUUCUAAGCUUGACAUACUCUCUCCUUCUCUUCAUGGGAGCAUGGUGAGUCUAAGCUGCAGCUCGUCUACUAGCCCGAGUCCUCCUGAUCCAGAAUCUUGUUACUUGACAUCAUUGAGUUCUCCUUCUUCUGUGAAUGAAGGGUUUCUUCUCUCUGCCAUGGAACUUCAAGUUGCAGGAGGUGCUGCAGGUGAAGAUAGGGUUCAGGCUGUCUGCUCUGAGGAGAAUGGCUGGCUCUUUUGCGCUAUCUAUGAUGGAUUCAAUGGAAGAGAUGCUGCCGAUUUCUUGGCUUGUACUUUGUAUGAGUCCAUUGUGUUCCAUCUCCAGUUACUUGAUCGCCAAAUGAAGCAAAGCCUUACAAAGUCCGAUGAUGAUGUCGAAAAGUUGGAAUUGUUAUCAAAUAUGAGUAAAAUAGAUUACUCUUCCUCUGAUUUAUUCAGACAAGGAGUGCUAGAUUGCUUAAACCGUGCGCUUUUCCAGGCGGAAAACGAUUUCUUAAGGAUGGUUGAGCAAGAAAUGGAAGAAAGACCGGACUUAGUAUCUGUGGGAUCCUGCGUUUUGGUCACUCUCCUUGUCGGGAAGGAUCUCUACAUCCUUAAUCUAGGUGAUAGCAGAGCUGUUCUAGCGACCUACAAUGGAAAUAAGAAGCUGGAAGCUGUUCAGCUCACAGAGGAUCAUACAGUUGAUAACGAAGUCGAAGAAGCUAGACUCUUAAGUGAGCAUCUUGAUGAUCCCAAAAUCGUUAUUGGUGGAAAAAUCAAAGGAAAGCUUAAAGUUACUCGUGCUCUAGGAGUUGGUUACUUGAAGAAGGAGAAAUUAAACGAUGCACUCAUGGGAAUUCUCCGCGUUCGUAACCUUUUGAGCCCGCCUUACGUCUCAGUGGAACCAUCGAUGAGAGUUCAUAAGAUAACGGAGUCAGAUCACUUUGUUAUAGUUGCAAGUGAUGGUUUGUUCGAUUUCUUCAGCAACGAGGAAGCCAUUGCACUUGUACAUUCCUUCAUUUCUAGUAAUCCGUCUGGUGAUCCAGCUAAGUUUCUACUUGAACGUCUUGUAGCUAAAGCUGCUGAUCGCGCUGGCUUCACGUUGGAAGAGUUGAUGAGUGUUCCUGCUGGUCGGAGACGGAGGUAUCAUGAUGACGUGACUAUAAUGGUCAUCACUCUCGGUACCGAUCAACGUACUUCAAAGGCUUCUACGUUCGUGUGAUUUUGAUGAUGAUGGCGAGAAAAUGUUAAAUUGUAUAAUUAGUCUUAUUGAUCUUAUUUAAGACUCUGGGAACUGGCUGGUAUUAUUAUUUCAAUUCAAUGUAUAUAUUAUUGUAGUUCUUGGGAUUUUCAAUGGCUAUAGAGAGAGCCUAAAAUUCAUCAGGUUGUAUCGUGUCGGCCUUAGUCAUGUGUUCUGUUUUGGGUUUUUAGUCGGUUUGGUUUGUUUACCAAGGAUGUUGUAGGAGAUGUUCUUAACUAGGAUUUUUUUUUUUUUUUUUUUUUUUUGGUCAUUACAGAUGUUCUUAACUAGCUCUGUUCUAUGGAUUCCUGUAAUUUAUCAA